ACUUAUGGAGUUGAUUUAAUUAAAGACAGGUUUGAUCAGCCAAUGAACAGUGUCUGUUAACUGGACGUAAGGCGCAUGCAUAGGAGGAGUUGAGAGCUGUUCUGUCAUAUGACUUAUAUGAGAACUGAUUUGACGCCGACUUAACACAGUAGCGCUGCUGAACCGGGUCACACUCGGGUCCGGGCGUCAUUAACUGUCUGCUUAGAGAACCAAGACCGUUCACUCGUCGUCAUGGCUUUUCGCGGUUGUGUUAUUCUGCUCUUUUGUUUGCUCAGUGGUAUUGUGUAUGCUGAUGACGUGUCUACGACACAAGAGCCUAGUACUAGCGAAAUCACUUCGGUCACACAGAUUGCUACCUCUCAUACCAUUUUAACUACAGAAGCUCAGCCUACCCUGGAUCUCGAUGCUACCACAAAAGCUCCAACUACAACUGCUACCACAAAAGCUCCAACUACCACUGCUACCACAAAAGCUCCAACUACCACUGCUACCACAGCAGCUCCAACUACUAAUGCUACCACAGCAGCUCCAACUACUAAUGCUACCACAGCAGCUCCAACUACCAAUGCUACCACUGAAGCUCCAACCACCCAGCAUCAAAAUACAACCAAUUCGACCACAGAAGCGCCAACUACAGCACACAGUAAUGCAACGACAGCCCCGACCGCUCCUCCAACCACUCCCCCGGUUCCCAAGCCGACUGUUGGAAACUACAGUGUGGCGCCAGAUGUUAACUCUACAGCUUGUCUUUUAGCAAAGAUGGGCCUUCAGUUCAGUUUUACGACAAGUGGGAAUGCCAGCCGUCAGACUAUUAAUCUAGACCCUAAUGUAACAAAAGCAAUGGGGGUCUGUGGUAGUGGUGGCAAGGACUCCUCUCUCGUGCUGACAUCAGAAAAAAUCACAGUUCGGUUUGUUUUCACAAAUGUUUCAAGUAAAUUCCGCCUACAUGCUUUUAUGCUUUCUGUUGAUUUUGAAGAUGGGAGCUUUUUCAACGAGUCCAAUACAAAUCUGUCGCUGUGGGAGGCAUCUGUUGGAAGCUCCUACAUGUGCAGAAAAGAGCAGAGCUUCAACAUCUCCGACAAACUUACCGUCAACACAUUUGAGCUGCAAGUGCAGCCUUUCGGAGUCCAGAAGAACACAUUUAGCACAGCCUAUGAAUGUUCAAUGGAUGACACCAGCCUGUUAAUCCCAAUCAUUGUUGGUGCCGCUCUGGCUGGUUUGAUUUUCAUAGUUGUGAUUGCAUACGUGAUUGGUCGACGAAAGACCUAUGUUGGAUAUCAGACAUUGUAAUGCAACAAAAUCAAAUCCUGGGUGUUUCAAGGGGAUACGAACCUGUUCCUGGACCAUAUUAAAUCUUGUGGGUAUUUGUGUAAACUAAGUCAAAUUGGCUUACUGACUCAAAUUCAUUUUUGUCUUUGUGGUCAUUUAAUUUACCAUCCCUUAGGCUGCAAGUGCUUUAAUGAUAUACAGUGGCAUUCCAGGACCAGGACUCCCUAUUGUUAAAUAGCUUGUGUGUGUGUGUGUGUGUGUGUGUGUGUGUGUGUGUGUGAGAACCACUUUUUGUUUUGUUGUGAGUGUGUGUUGCUUUAAAAAUUUUGUUUUGUGAAGUGCAUUUAUUUAGCUCUUCAAGCUACUACAGUCAUCAGUCUUGUUAUUUUGCCCCCUUUACUUUUCUAAAUGGCCAUCAUCAAUUGGCAAAAUUAUUCUUCACUCUUGUGAUCUACAUUAGACCUUGCACUUACUUUCCUUUAAUGUCAAAUUCCUUUAAUUGUUUAUUUUGGCAUUCAAUUAAUGUACCAGCUUUUAAUUCAUAGUUCAUGCUUGGCAGUCUUCAUUAUUGCAUCCACAACAUAAGUGCUUAGUUUGUAAAAAGUAGUUUAGACUCACCAGCGUUUAUGUUAAACGGUAAAAGUAAUUUCUGGAACAAAUACAAUAGUGACUGGACAAAUUUUCACUCUUCAUUUAUUGAAAUUGGGUGUUUUUGAAUUAUGUUAGCAGUCUUGUAUUAAGUAGCUGGGAAAAUGCUAGACUGAGGAAACCUAAAAAUGCUGGGCAAUACUAGACUGAUAGUCAUUUCAAACGGUAGAGCUUCUAGAACGGGGAAACAAAUGCUUGUUAUUGUGCUUAAUCAUUCACAAGCAUUAAAAAAAGAAAUACAGACCGGUGUUAAAAAAAAGUGCAAUUGCAGUUAUGCUUAUUGAAAUGUGAUGUUGUAAUUCUGUUGCUAAAUACAUUUAUGGGAGAUUUAGUAGCCCUGUUUUAUUUAAUUUAAAAGGGAUGACUACAAAAUAAGCGUGCGUCAACCUUUGUCAACUACUAUUCACGAUAACUUCCGCUUGCUUACAUUACUGUAAUCUGAAAUAUACAUGCUGCUUAUUGCAUACUGUGAAUUAAACUUGCUGGAGGAUAUGUUUUGCACCUCUUUGAAUUUUGUGUAAUGUAUGGGUGGUGGUGGCUGUAAAUCCAUUUUUAAUUUUUGAAUGCAAAUUGUUAUUUUGAUUUGGGUUAACGGACCUUUGCACAUUAUCAUUGCUUUAUUUUCAUAUCACUUUUUAAUUGUUUUCCCCUCCAGUAAAUUCACUGUUAAUGCACACUUCUAAUUUCGGCUAUGCAGCACCUGCAAUCAAUCUGGUGUAAAUGUUUUUCAUUGUCCAGAACAUGUUAAAAACAUCUUGAGUGGUUUCUGGUCAUUUUGUGCCUUGCUUAAUAAAAUUGCUUUCUUAUCCAAUCUGUUACAUUUAAUAAUUUUGUCAAUGAAGAGAUUUAUUUUCUUGAGCAUUUGUGACAUUUUGCUAAAUUUUUGUGAAAAGGGAUUCCUUAUCUGACUGCCCUAAAACUCGAUGUGUUCAAAGACAUGUUGUUUUGCAAUUGAAAUGAUUGCUUUGUCAACGUUUUAACGGGCUUUUAGCUGCAAUAAAUGGAGAAGGAUAAUCGUGUAUAAAUUAA